AUGAUUGCUUGUGGACCGCACUCUGCUGGACCGCCUCCUCCCUCCCUCCCCUCCACCAUCAGAGAUGUGGACGCCCCCCCUCUGUUUCGCGAGCGGUUCAUCCUGUCUGGCUAUCGUCCCGUGGGCCUGUCAUGGCGGUGUUACCUCCUCAGCCUCUUCCAGAUCCACAACGAGACUGUGAACGUGUGGAGCCACCUGCUGGCCGCCGUCUUUGUGGUGAUGAGGUUCAUGGUGUUCAUCGGUCCUGAAGGUCAGGGGUUUUCUGUGGACGUCGCCUCACUGCCUUUGGUUCUCUAUGUAUUCUCUGCUGUCACAUACUGUUGUUGCAGUGCUGUGGCUCACCUGUUGCAGUCGCACUCGGAGGAGGCCCAUUACUCGGUGUUCUUCCUGGACUAUGUUGGCAUGGCGGUCUACCAGUAUGGCUGUGCUCUGGCUCUGUUCCUUUACAGCUCUGACAUCGACUGGUCACAAAGCAUGCUGGGACAGGUCUUCCUCCCAGCUGCCGCCCUCCUCGCCUGGUUCUCAUGCACCACAGGCUGUUAUGCAAAGCUUCGUUUCCGGCGGCCGUACCCGCUCCACAGGAAGCUCUGUCAGGUGGUGCCAUUGGGUGUGGCCUACCUGUUGGACAUCAGUCCCGUCGCUGACCGUCUCCUCACCCACAGGUGGACAAGCAACCCUGCACUACCACUUCACUUCCUGCAGGUGACGCUGUUUCUGUCCUCUGCCUUCUUCUUCUCUUUUCCCAUACCUGAGAGUUUCUCCCCCGGACGCUAUGACAUUCUCGGCCACAGCCACCAGCUCUUCCACAUCCUGCUCUCCGUCUGCACGCUGGUCCAGCAGGAGGCGCUGUUUGAGGACUUUCUGUGGAGGCGGCCUGCACUGCUCAGACGGUUCGGAGAGGAGCGCCUCCUACUGGCCUGCCUCUCUUUCCCCUGCCUGACGCUCUGCUGCACGAUGACGGCGCUUUUCAUGAGGAGGCGAGCACAGGCUCAACUGAUGAAGGAGCAAAGAUAG